CGGCAGCGCGCCCCGGCUGUUCCGCGUCCCUCAGCCCGCCAUGGCCUCCGCCGGCGGCGCCGAGCCGGAGCGGCCGCGCCCUAAGCCCUUCCUCAUCGGUGUCAGCGGCGGCACCGCCAGCGGCAAGUCCACAGUCUGCGAGAAGAUCAUGGAGCUGCUGGGGCAGAACGAGGUGGACCGCCGCCAGCGCAAGGUCCUCAUCCUCAGCCAGGAUAGCUUCUACAAAGUGCUGACCGCCGAGCAGAAGGCCAAGGCGCUGAAGGGGCAGUACAACUUCGACCACCCGGAUGCUUUUGAUAAUGAUUUGAUGCAUACAACCCUGAAAAGUAUUGUUGAGGGGAAAACGGUCGAGGUACCAACGUACGACUUUGUGACCCAUUCUAGGCUGGCAGAGACAACAGUGGUCUAUCCCGCUGACGUCGUCCUCUUCGAGGGGAUCCUGGUUUUCUACAAUCAAGACAUUCGGGAUAUGUUCCAUCUCCGGCUCUUUGUCGACACGGAUUCUGACGUCCGGCUGUCCCGCAGAGUUCUGCGAGAUAUGAAACGUGGGAGGGACCUCGAGCAGAUCCUCACCCAGUACACCACAUUCGUCAAGCCCGCCUUCGAGGAGUUCUGCUUGCCGACAAAGAAGUAUGCAGAUGUGAUCAUCCCCCGAGGAGUUGACAACAUGGUUGCUAUAAACCUCAUAGUGCAGCACAUUCAAGACAUCCUAAAUGGAGACAUCUGCAAGUGGCAGCGAGGGGCAAUGAAUGGACAUGGUCGGGCCUACAAGCGCUCAUUCCCUGAACAAACAGAGAGCACCAGCAUGCUAGCGGCCGGCAAACGCUCCCACCUGGAGUCCAGCAGCCGUCCACACUAACCUGUCAGUGUCUGAAGGAUUUGGCUCUAGUCCAGACUGAUGCUGAAGACCACUUUGGGAAAGAAGGACUUCAGCAGAAUGGUUGGUGAAGUGCCCUUUGAAUCAUCCUACCAGCAGCGGGGAUACCGAUGUAAAACUCCUUGCAGAGGGGAGAGGAAGGAGUUGUUCUACCACUCCUCUCCCCUCCAAAAUCCCUCCCCUUUUAUCCCUGUGAUGUCUGGAGUUAUGAUGUUACUUGAUGAACUGGUUAAAGGCAAUGCUAUUUGCCUUUUCUUAAUUUUUAAAAAUGAGAUCUAAUGCCGAAGUCUCCCCUGAAAAUUAAGCGCUACCAUAUGAUUAGCAAGAUACCCCAUUUCCCUGAUAAUGAUCUUCCUUAGCAGGAAAAUCAGCUGCCUGGUUUUUUUCAAAAGAAAAAAAUCAGUCUCUUUAUCCAAGACUAACUCUUGUCCUGUUAAUUCUAAGAAGCAGGUGCAGUCCUUACUCUUCUCCACCUUGCUGGGACCUUGAGUUCUGGCAUUGCUCUCCUGCUGCCAGCCUCCUUUUUAGCAUUUUAGAAGAAUGUGGGAGCAGGAUUGACCUGUAGAGGAAUCUCUUCCCUAAGAUACAGAGGAAACAGAGACUGUCUGGGACAAAUGGGGACUUGCAGUUCAUCGAGGGGACAGGCCCAAGAAGUUGUGUGAUUCUGGUUCCUAAAUUAUUCCUUUCUCAGCUUGCUACACUGUAUGAUUAUUUUUUUUGUACCCAAAUAGUUUCCUUUACCGCAGUUACUGAAUGCAUGAGCUCCAACUGGAUUGAGUUGCUCAUGGAAAUAGAAACCUGACCUUGUCAGUAUUAGUGUCUUUUAGGGCAUUUCUGUACUACUGGUUGCAGAUUUUGCUGGGUGGAAUCCAUCCACUUCCAGAUGGGGGAGAAAGCUGAGAAUUGCAAGACCCUCCUUCUGAUGGCACAAACAUUAUCUGGACAUGCUUCUACCCUCAAACAGGGUCAAAACGCUUGCCUUGCACUCAGGCAGUUUAAACUCAAGAAUGUCUGGUUUUUCUAAAAAGAGCAGACAAGAGGCUGCUCCUGGUUUCUGUAGUUUACCCCAGAUAAGCGAUGCUGAAGCAACAUGACAUCUCUGGGGGAAAAAAUAAUCUGAAAUGAAGUGCCAGUUGGGCCUUUGAAAAUGUCCUUGUGAUAUCCUUGAGUCUGGACUUAGGGUGUAAUUUUAAGAAUGUGAGUGGGGAAGGGAAAUAUUAUUAAGAGGAACUUUUUCAUAUUUGCUACUUUUCUAAACCCAGGGUCUGGCUGUGUUGGUUGUGGAUGUGUUACUUUGGCUAAUAAACAAAUGAAUAAACAGUGAGCAGAAA